AUGCCGUCGACUAUUCGAUACACAGAGGCCCCCCAACGGGAUUCUAUGGAUGCCCAGCAGUAUCCUCAGGCCCCUCCAUCGUACCAGGAUGCCUCUGGCCCUUCCGUUGGCGUGUACGGAACCCAGAGAACCGAAGACGAUAAUGUUCCUGAUGACUUCAAGUUCGGAGGUUCUGUCGCGGAAGCAACUCUGCCUAUCCGCAUGCAGUUCGUUCGCAAAGUCUACUCCAUUCUAACCGUCCAGCUCAUCCUUACCACCGGCCUGAGUUCCGUAUCAUUCUUCAACACUGGCUACAAACAUUGGAUACAGUCGCAGCCUUGGCUGAUGAUCGGUUCGCUCAUCGGAGCCAUCGUCUUUAUGCUGCUCACCUACUGGAAACGCAAAAGCUAUCCCACCAACCUUCUAUUCCUCAGUGGCUUUACGCUCCUUGAGGGAUAUGCCGUCAGCGUCAUCACUUCAUUUUAUGACUCCAAGAUCGUCAUGCAGGCGCUUGUGAUAACCAUGGGCUUGUUUAUUGGCUUGACUUUGUUCGCCUGCCAGACCAAAUACGAUUUCACCGGAUGGAUGCCAUAUCUCUUUGGCGCACUCUGGUUCAUGGUUAUUUUCGGCUUCGUGGCAGCUUUCUUCCCUAUGGGUAAGACUAUGGAUCUGGUAUAUGGAGGUGUAGGCGCUUUGAUAUUUAGCGGCUAUAUCCUGGUUGAUACCCAGCUGGUGAUGCGACACUACCAUGUCGAAGAGGAGAUUGCCGCUGCUAUCUCCCUCUACCUAGACAUUAUCAACUUGUUCUUGUCUAUCUUGAGAAUCCUCAACAGCCAGAGCAACAACUAA